UAGCCACGUCGUUGAUGUGACAUGUCACGAUGGCUCGACGUGACGGUCUGUCACGAUAACCCACACACAUCUCACUCCCACCCCAUGACGACUAGUAGUACUUCGCGGUCAGCACCACCGCCGUCAUUACAAGAAGUACAAAGAAAAUUAUCCGUUCAUUCAAAAGCAAGACCGAAGAAGGCGCCUCCGGUAUCACAAGCACACAUAUCUGGAACAGAGUCUGACUCAGACUCAGUUCUGUCCCCCGAUCUUGUGUCCCCAACCUCUCAGUCAUAUGGUUCUAAUUCGGUCCUGUCUGGCAGCAUCACUCAGCCCCCACUAUCUUCUAUCGCAGAGGGAAGAUCAGGAAGCGGUGAAGAGUCCGACGAGGACGAAGAGGAGGAGGUGGGUGGUUGGAGAACUGCAACAAUGACCGAAAAACCGCACAGUUCUUUCGACGAGAAGAUGAUCAAGUCGGGCUACUUGUGGAAGAAAGGCGAGCGACGCAAGACAUGGAAGAAACGAUGGUUCGUGCUCCGACCCGCACAUAUCGCGUACUACAAGACGAACGCGGAAUAUAAAUUAUCACGCCUUCUCGAUCUCUCCGACAAACAUACCAACACGUUCGGUGUUGUCUCUACUGUUCGAACAUUCUAUCUCCAGGCUCAAAGCCCCGAGGAGGUCCAGCAGUGGGUCCAGGCAAUUCAGGAAGCCAAGGAGGCUCUCAUGACUAUUUCAACUCAAUCAUCGCUGACGACGCCCCCUAUACCAAUCCCCGGAGCUCAAUCAGUACCUCGUCGUAUUAUAGUAACGCACUCACCUCCGCAAGCCUCCCACGUUCAAAAUAUAACCUCUUCCGACUCAGAGGAUGCAUCGCCAAGUGCACAGCGAACCUAUUCCACCUCUUCGCAGAAUCAUCCAAUAAUCUCCUCAUCACCCACGCGAAUACAAACUAUGCCAAAAGAAGGCGCAAAGAUAGUCUUAUCUGGCUACUUGAUGAAGUGCGGUUCGAAACGACAUAAUUGGCGCAAACGGUGGUUCGUGUUGAAUGGUGAAAAAUUGGUCUACUCGGGAAGUCACAUGGACACAAAACCUCACCGGCAGUUUUCAUUUUCGGAGAUUCUCGAUGCGCUGGAGUUCGAUAUGCGAGGUCACAAGCACAGUGCAGCUAUUCCUCCCCCUUCCACUUCGCCAUUAUCAUCAUCAACAGCACCCGAUGAUUCGCACGGUCAUUAUACGUUCAAGAUAGUCACGACGAAAAGGACGCUGUUGUUAUUGCCAUUCCGUGCUCUUAUAGCUCGACGAUCAGGCGCUGGUGUUGUACCAGGAGACCCGAGCGGAAGCGUCGGUAGCGCCCCGAAGCCGCCGGCUUCUGGUGGAGACGCCGGUCAGGGCACUGGAGGAGGAUCAUCAUCAAGUAGCGGGUUGAGACACAAGGUCAGGAACUUGAGUAUAAGCGGACCGAGUGGCAUCCCCCCAGCGCCCAUUUCGGAGGACUAGACAAAGUACAGACCAAGAUAACGGCAUUCUUUCAAGUCACCUCAGUUGUCCUCCAAUGUAACACUCUCACCGAUAUCUAAGUCUCCACAACUCUGGACCUAUGCAAUAUACCUCAGUCUGGCGUUUUGAAUUCUGUAAUACGUAGACAGCUUCGCUGCCACUGGUUGGACGAAUGGGAAUUUUCUUCCUAUGUGUUUUUUUUUGUUC